AUAGAGGAGAGGUGAGCGCCGGCCGGACUCUGACUGCGGAGGCCGCGAGGCUGAGAGGCUGGGACACCCGGACUCCCCAAGACCCGGCCGAGCGGGCAGAGCCGGACCGCUGACCCAAAGGGCCCUCUGCUGGACGGCAAGUUCCGCCACUCCGGCCUGGCCACGGCCACAACGUAUUGGGCCGGGAGUGGGUUUCCCCCCAAGUGCGACCCCCAUCCCGGGGAAGCUGUUCCACGCGAAGACAGUGACGCGCCUGUGAGUAUGGAUUCUACUUGGAUCUACUGGGUGACGCUGAUGGGCUGGCUAGCCAGAGGGGCUUCAUCCUCGCCGCUGGACACAGUGGGCGCCCCGCAGGACCUGCGGAUCGUCGACCCCGGGUUUUUGGGCUUCAUGAGCGUCACAUGGCAGCCGCCUUCCACCUUGCCCGCUCCCGGGAGCUGUGCAGUUCGCUACGAGCUAAAAUACCGCAACGCCGGCCAGGAGUAUUGGCAGACCGUCAUCACCACAAAGUUAAGCUAUGAAGAUGAGUUUGAUCUCAAUGGGGCCAUCGAAGCCAAGGUGCGCACCAUUCUGGGGGACGACUGCAUGGAUGGCUCAUCUCUCCACAGCCCGUGGGUGCAGACGGUGGUCCAGCCUGACUCUCGAGGAGCGCUGGGAACCAGAGUCCAGGACCUGCGUUGUGUCUACACCAACUGGGAGCAGCUGCUCUGCACCUGGAGGCCAGGAGAGGAUGCCCCCCCGGAGGCUGACUACCACCUGUAUUAUUGGUACCACGGGCUGGCACAGGCUCAGGUCUGCGAGGACUACGUCUCAGCAGAUGGGAGACACGUGGGCUGCCGCUUCCCCAGCCUGCAGGAGGCCGAGUACAAGGAUUUCAAUAUCUGUGUCAACGGCUCCUUCUCCUCGCCCCCCACAUCCCUGCAGCCCACCUAUUUCACCCUCCAGCUUCAGAAUAUUGUCCAGCCCCGGCCCCCCGAAGGACUGACCAUGCAGCAGAAGAACCCAGAGGGACCCCUCCUGGAGUGGCAGCCUCCCCGCGGGCUCAUCCCUCCGGCCUGCCUGGAGUACCACAUCCAAGGCAAGGGUCCACUUGGAGCACUCUGGGAGCGCUGGUCGUCGGACCCGGAGGCGCUGCUCCCGCAGCCCGGACCCGGCAGACCCGCCACCUGCGUGCGUGUGCGGGCCCGCGUCAACAUGUUCUGCGCCCAAGACGGACUCUGGAGUGAGUGGAGCGCCGAGCUCUGCCUACCAGAGCCCGAGGGGCGGCCGCACAUGCUGUGGGCGCUGUCGGUGGUGGGGCUCGUUUCGGCCGGUGCCGUCGUGGGGCUCCUGCUGCUAGGCUGGAGGCACAAGGCGCUCCUGAAGCCGGUCCUGGCCAGGAUGGGGGUACCCUCCUCCAGGGGGUCCGGCGUCUCGCCCCGUCCCGCCUGUCCAAAGGACAGUCCAGGCGCCGUCCGUCCCGAGCGAGAGGAUGAAGUUUAGCCCCUGACCGCUGCCGGCAGAGCCCCCCGGACGGAGGGUCCGGGCGGGCGGGGAAGGGGUCUGCGGCGGGGGGAGGGCAGGGACUCCCCCCGAAACGCGGCGGUCGGGAGGGACGGGGGUCCAGGCCGGCCGUCGGAAGCUUUCUGUCCCCGAGCCGGCACGGCGUCUCCUCUCUUUCAUUCAUUCAGUCGUAUUUAUUGGGCGCUUACUAUGUGCAGAACACUGUACUUAGCGCUUGGA